AGGAGGGUCAGUGAGCAGGCUGGUCCUUCCACCAGCUCAGAUGCUCAUGUGGUCAAAGGAGUCAAGCGCAAGGUCCAACAAGAUGAAGCGGGGACAACCAAUACAGCAAAAAAGUGUAAACUUCUUGACCAUAUGAGCGGUGACAAGGGACAAGCAUCUUCCUGGUUGGUCACUGGUAAAGACUGCAGCAUAGACAUUUCAGAGAGCUGCAGUAAAAACCAAAACGCUGGCAAAAGGAAAGCUGCGGGAGACAGGAGGGACCCACCUAAGAAGAAGAACGUGGACCAGGACAAAACCAAAAAUGUUGCCAAAAAGUCAGUGGCCGAACAGAAACGUGACUUCCAAGCGAGAUACGUGGAGGAGCACCGGCUUGGAGAAGGAGGCUGCGGAGCAGUGUUUGCUGGCUACCGCAUAAAAGAUCAUUUUCCAGUGGCCAUCAAACACAUCCCAAAGGGGAAAGUGUACUGCAAAGUGACGGAUGAAAACGGGAAGCAUCUGUCAGUGGAAGUUGCCAUCAUGCUGAAGCUUGCAGCUGAAGCAGAUGGAUCAGUGGGAACAUCAGCCCCAGUGUCUCUGCUGGAGUGGUUUGACUUUGGCAGAGAGCUGAUCCUGGUGAUGGAGAGACCUGUCCCGCUGUGGACCUGGAUAAAUACAUAG